AUGCCUUUAACCGCAAAUAUUCAUCCCGAAAUUGAAUCCAAAUGUGACGCAACAUGUAACCUUAUGUCCCAAACUAUCAACAUGAUUGCGAAUGAACCCUCAAUGGGUUUGUACAGGAUCAAAGAACAUUGCAGAAAAUCGGCCAAAGAGAUGGUUUCGGCUAAACUGCUUUUAAUUCAAACGGAUAAGUCGGCCCAGGGUGCUUACUUCGAUGCAGAUUAUGCAGUGGCGACAGUACAGGAACUAGCAGAUGCGCGGCCCAAUAUCCAUAAAGCGCAGUGUGAAGUCGAAAAGGCUAUCGAACUGAAAAAAUUGAUUGACUCUAAAUGA